ACUUUGUACCUAAAGCUUGAGGGCUCACUUGAACAAGAGAAGAAAGUGAGGAUGGAUCUAGAGAGGGCAAAACGCAAACUGGAAGGAGAUUUGAAGCUGACUCAAGAGAGUGUCAUGGACUUGGAGAAUGAUAAGUUGCAAAUGGAGGAAAAGCUGAAGAAGAAAGAGUUUGAAAUGAGCCAACUGAAUUCCAAGAUAGAAGACGAACAAGCUAUUGUAAUGCAACUGCAGAAGAAGAUUAAGGAGCUUCAGGCUCGUAUAGAAGAGUUAGAAGAGGAGCUGGAAGCAGAAAGAGCUGCUCGAGCCAAGGUGGAAAAGCAGAGAUCAGAUUUGGCCAGAGAGCUGGAGGAAUUAAGCGAGCGGCUUGAAGAGGCUGGAGGUGCCACUGCUGCCCAGCUGGAGAUGAACAAGAAACGUGAAGCUGAAUUCCUGAAGCUGCGGCGUGACCUCGAGGAGGCCACGCUGCACUAUGAAGCCACAGCUGCUGCUCUGAGGAAGAAGCACGCAGACAGUGUGGCUGAGAUGGGGGAGCAGCUGGACAACCUGCAGCGCGUCAAGCAGAAACUGGAAAAGGAGAAAAGCGAGCUGAAAAUGGAAGUGGAUGAUCUGACAUCCAACAUGGAGCAAACGGUUAAGGGAAAAGCAAAUGCGGAAAAACUUUGUCGCACUUAUGAAGAUCAUCUGAAUGAGACAAAAAGUAAACUGGAUGAAAUGACUCGCCUCAUGAAUGACCUCACUACUCAGAAAGCAAAACUCCAGAGUGAAAACGGUGAAUUUGUAAGACAGCUUGAAGAGAAGGAGUCACUGAUAAGUCAACUGUCCAGAGGAAAAACAUCAUUUACACAGCAGAUUGAAGAACUUAGGAGACAGCUAGAAGAGGAAACCAAGUCCAAAAACGCCCUGGCUCAUGCCCUGCAAGCAGCCAGGCAUGACUGUGAUCUCUUGCGAGAACAGUAUGAAGAGGAGCAAGAAGCCAAGGCAGAGCUGCAGCGGGCUCUUUCCAAGGGAAACGCAGAAGUGGCGCAGUGGAGAACAAAGUAUGAGACUGAUGCCAUUCAGAGGACUGAAGAACUAGAAGAUGCCAAGAAAAAGCUUGCUGCCCGCCUGCAAGAAGCCGAGGAAGCAAUUGAAGCUGCCAACGCGAAGUGCUCUUCUCUGGAAAAGACAAAGCACAGGCUGCAGAAUGAACUGGAAGAUAUGAUGAUUGAUCUAGAAAAGGCCAACUCAGCAGCUGCCUCCCUGGACAAGAAGCAGCGUGGUUUCGACAAGAUCAUCAAUGACUGGAAGCAGAAGUAUGAAGAGUCACAGGCUGAGCUGGAGGCUUCCCAGAAGGAGGCCCGCAGCCUCAGCACAGAGCUCUUCAAGCUGAAGAAUGCCUAUGAAGAGACACUGGACCAUCUGGAGACUCUGAAACGGGAAAACAAGAAUCUCCAAGAGGAAAUUUCUGAUCUGACUAAUCAGAUCAGUGAAGGAAACAAGAACCUCCAUGAGAUAGAAAAAGUCAAGAAGCAGGUAGAACAAGAAAAGUCAGAGGUUCAGCUGGCUCUGGAAGAAGCAGAGGGAGCUUUGGAGCAUGAAGAAAGCAAGACCCUUCGUUUUCAGCUUGAGCUUUCUCAGCUUAAAGCUGAUUUUGAAAGGAAGCUGGCUGAAAAGGAUGAAGAAAUGGAAAAUAUAAGGAGGAACCAACAACGCACCAUAGAUUCUCUACAGUCCACCCUUGAUUCUGAAGCCCGGAGCAGAAAUGAGGCUAUCCGUCUGAAGAAGAAGAUGGAAGGAGACCUCAACGAGAUGGAAAUCCAGCUCAGCCAUGCUAACAGACAUGCUGCAGAAGCAACCAAGUCAGCACGUGGCCUGCAGACACAAAUUAAGGAGCUCCAGGUGCAGCUGGAUGACUUGGGACACCUGAAUGAAGACUUGAAGGAGCAGCUGGCAGUCUCUGACAGGAGGAACAACCUUCUCCAGUCAGAGCUGGAUGAGCUGAGGGCUUUGCUGGACCAGACUGAACGGGCGAGGAAGCUGGCAGAGCAUGAGCUGCUGGAAGCCACUGAACGUGUGAACCUGCUGCACACUCAGAACACAAGCCUGAUCAAUCAGAAGAAGAAGCUGGAGGGUGACAUCUCCCAGAUGCAGAAUGAAGUGGAAGAAUCAAUCCAGGAGUGCCGGAACGCAGAGGAAAAAGCGAAGAAAGCAAUCACAGAUGCAGCAAUGAUGGCUGAGGAGCUUAAAAAGGAGCAGGAUACUAGUGCUCACUUGGAGAGAAUGAAGAAGAACAUGGAGCAAACCAUUAAAGAUCUGCAGAAACGACUGGAUGAAGCAGAACAAAUUGCCCUGAAAGGCGGCAAGAAACAGAUCCAGAAACUAGAAUCCAGGGUUCGUGAGCUGGAGAAUGAACUUGAGAACGAACUCCGCCGCAACUCUGAUGCCCAAAAGGGAGCCCGCAAGUUUGAGAGGCGCAUAAAGGAGCUGACUUAUCAGUCAGAAGAAGAUAAGAAGAAUCUGGCCCGAAUGCAGGAUCUGAUAGAUAAGCUACAACUAAAAGUGAAAAGCUACAAACACCAAGCAGAGGAAGCUGAAGCACAAGCCAAUCUGUACCUUUCGAAGUACAGAAAACAGCAACAUGAUCUGGAUGAUGCCGAAGAAAGGGCAGAAAUAGCUGAAUCUCAAGUUAACAAGCUGAGGAGCAAGUCAAGAGAUAUUGGCAUGAAAAAGGUUCAUGAAGAGGAGUAAGUGCAGUCCUGGCUCACAGAUACAAGAUGAUGUUUCAUACAGUCAGGCAUAACCAAAAGCAGAUGCAUUAAAACAAAACUAAAACAAGCACUUACAAAAAUAAAUAUCAAGUGAAAACCAAAACACAAUGUA